AUUUCCGGCCGUUGUUCUUCAAAAAAAGUUCCAAGUUCAUUGAUUGAUCACGUUUUCGAUAUUUUCUUUUCGUUGAAAUUUUGUGAUAUUUGUUUAUUGUAAUUGUUUUAAUAAUGUCGGAGAGUAAAACCCACGCUUCUCGCCUUUCGUCGUACAAGAAUGCUGGUCAAGGCACAAAUGACCUCCGUCGCAAGCGAGCCGAGCUCAGCGUGGCUCUCCGCAAGCAGGCUCGCGAUGAGCAACUCCUCAAGCGACGGGCCAUGUCUCCGGAGGCCGGGGAAGAGGUCCAGCCGGAGGAGAAGGUGAUGACGCCCGCUGAAAUCGUUAAAGGGCUCCACUCCCAAGACCUGUCUAUCAAGACGGUAGCCGCCCGCGCCGCUCGCCGAAUGCUGUCCAGGGAACAGAAUCCGCCGAUUUCCAUCAUGGUAGAAGCUGGUGUACUCAAACCACUGGUGGAUGCUUUGGACCGCGAUGACUGUGCGGACCUUCAGUUUGAAGCAGCUUGGGCCAUCACCAAUAUUGCGUCUGGAACGCACGAACACACUUUGGCUGUUAUAGAUGCCGGCGCGAUCCCCAAACUGGUAAAUCUACUAUCCCUCGGCGGCGUCGUCGGCGAGCAAAGCGCGUGGGCGCUCGGCAACAUCGCAGGCGACGGCGCCGGGCCGCGGGACCGCGUGUUGGAAUGCGGAGCCCUGGCGAGCCUGCUGCCGCUGCUCUCGCCGAGCGCCGCGCCCGCCCAGAUACGGACCGCCGUGUGGACCUUUAGCAACCUCUGCAGAAACAAAAACCCAAUGGUGAAGUUCGAUUUGGUGGCGCCGGCACUGCCGUACAUAUCAGAGUUAUUGGAGAUUUCCGAUCAGGACGUGUUGGCGGACGCUUGCUGGGCGCUCUCCUACCUAACCGACGGUCCCAACGAGCGCAUAGAAGCAGUGCAAGCCACACCUUCGCUUCUGCACCGCCUGAUCUCAUUGCUACAACACGCGAGCCCGGCCGUCCGCACGCCGGCCCUGAGAGCCGCGGGGAACAUGCUCACUGGCUCCGACCGACAGACGGACCGCUGCCUCGACGCGGGCUGUUUGGACCACAUCCUGACUCUACUCCGCUGCGGGAAACCCUCGCUCAUGAAGGAGGCAGCCUGGGCCGCUUCCAACAUCCUGGCUGGCACAAGUGAACAGAUUCAGCGAGCGAUCGACAAAGGGAUCAUACCACGACUUCUGCAUGUAUUGGCUUCCGAAGAUAUCAAGUGCCAGAAAGAGGCAGCAUGGGCCAUAACCAACCUCUGCCUUGGCGGUAGUGCAGGGCAACUGGACGCGUUACUAUCGGCCGGUGUUUUGGAGCCCUACUGCGCGCUUCUGGCGUCGCCCGACCACCGCGCGGUGACGGUUGUGCUCGAUGGACUGACGAACCUGCUGCAGGCGGCAGUAAAGUACGGUCAAGUAGAGCCUCUGUGUUUGAAACUGGAGGAGAUCGGUGCUCUGGACCAGAUUGAGACCUUGCAGCAACAUGAAAAUGAACAGGUCUACAAAAAGGUGGUGCACAUUCUAGACACAUACUUCGCAGAGCAAGAGGAUGUCUCUGCCCAACCUGCCAAGACGGCGGACGAGUAUCAGUUCGGGACUAACGAACCCAACCCUAAUUUUAACUUCUAAAAUAACUAUAGUCUGGUCUGCGAGCACGUAGAAUUUUGUCCAAUGACCCCAAGCUACCCAUCCUUAUCGCUCGCGCGUAAUUGUUGCUGUCGCGCUCGCACACUCACUGCGGGCGCCCGUCGCACAGUAGCUUGGGGUCAUUGGACAAAAUUCUACGUGCUCACAGACCGGGCUUUAAUUAGUCCAAGUAUAAUAAUGCUUAUUGUAGUACAGUAUAAUAGAUCGUUUCAUCCAUGAACACGCGCCCCACCAAUAUUUGGUCUCGGUCGCGCGGGGUGCGGGGAGUUUGAUCCGAGCAAUCCGAGCGGCAUUAUUGUAGUGUGCGUGUGCACUCAUGGAUGAUUUAGCGUGUACCGAUAACACUCAAACAUUAGCGGAAGAAUAGUGGGGCGCGUCUUCGUGGAUGAAACGAUCUAUGUCUAUUUUGUGGUACAGUACAGAUGACUUGCACCAAAAUAACAAUUUUAACCCUGUAUUAUAGAUUUGUAGAUCAAAAUCAAUUGGGUUAACUCAUCAUUUUCUAGAUUCAUUUGACUGUACAUACAGUAUUACGAAGUUCAACUAUGUAUAGUGUUCAAAUUCGUUCCAAAAUACUGAAUUCUUUGGCUCUAUUCUUCUGAUAUUAGUAAUAAUGAUCUAAUAAGUAGUACAUUUAGGUUUAGUAUAAUGUUUUCAUAAGUGCCUUCAUAGAUAUAAUCUUUAGUUAACAUUCAGGGUGAAGUAUCUUUGUAAUUUUUCCAUAUUUUGCAAAAACUGAUAAAUGUAUUGUAACUUAACCUACAGUUAAAAGUUAUCUAAAAACAUUCCAAGUAUUUUUAAUUUAAAAACUCAGGUUAAAACAGAUGAAGUAUUUCUUGCUUAUUAUCAUUUUGUAAAAAGCUGUUUUAUUGAGGUACAAAAACACAAAAUAACAGACUGAUAUGUGAUAAUGUUAGUAUGUAAGUUUUAUUUUUAUAUCAAUUAAAGAUUUUCACUUA